UUAAAAGGGGGAGUUGGCGAUCUUGCAGCCAGUCAGCCAGUCAAAGCUGGAUUUUAUUCCUAUCGUGCAAACGUUCAUUGAGCCUCCACAGAAGUGCACGGUGCAGUUUUAGCCACAGGAUUGAGCAGCGAUGUUUCUCUGCAGAACGGCCUGGCAAAGACUUGGGCCUUUGGCACGGAAGACAGUCACACCUUUGUCCAGAAAUGUGGUUCCAGUGCGGCCCAUGUCUUUUGGACUACCUGGGGGCUCAGGGUCCAACAUCGUGUACAUUGUUCUCUGUGGAGGGUCUCUCACGGCCGCCGCCAUUUAUGCUUACAGGACUGUAAACACCGACAGCGAGCGGUUCAAUGACAGAGUGGCCGAGAUCAACACCCGAGCCGAGAAGAGUGAGGAAGAGGGAGCGAAGGUUGAGGUGGCGGCUGAGGCCGCUGCCCCGGCGGCAGAGGCAGCCCCUGCUGAAGCCGCGGCUCCUGCAGAGGCUCCCGCCGAAACAGUCGCUGCCGAAGCGGCGCCCGCCGAGCCCGUCGUCGCUGAGGCAGCGCCCGCAGAGCCCGUCGUCGCUGAGGCGGCUCCCACAGAAACCGUUGUCGCUGAGGCUGCUCCCGCCGAGGCCGCCCCCGCUGAAGCGGCCCCUGUAGAAGCUGUGGCCGCCGAGGCAGCCCCCGCUGAGGCGGCUCCCGUAGUCGCCGAGGCUGCUCCUGUGGAAACCGUGGUCGCCGAGGCUGCUCCUGCAGAGGCUCCGGCCGCCGAGGCGGCUCCCGCAGCUGAAGCCGUGGCUGUAGCCGAGGCUCCCGUGGUGGUGGUGGAGGCCGCGCCGGCCGAAGCUGCAGCGCCGGCCCCCGAAGAGGCGGCGCCUGCCCCUGCAGAGUCCAGCGGUACGGCCCCUGAGGCAGCCCCGGAGACGGCCCCUGCAGCCCCUGCGGCAGAGCAGGAGGCCGCUCCGGGAGUCGCCGCCGCAUAGGCGUGAGGUUCAAGGUUCACAACUCGACAGAAAAGGCACACAGUGUCCUUUUCCAACCCAACCCGCGUAACAUUUUACAAUAAGCUGCAGAGGUUAACCAGCACUAUGCAGAGUUAGUUUUGGGCUCUAAUCUCAUUUCUGCUAUGACCAGAUCUCCUUGAGGACCUUCUACUCUAUAUUUCAACAGUUGGUUGUAAGUAGGAGAUUAGAAACAGUUGAAAGUAUGACUUCAGUGCAAUUCAGAGUAGGCCAUGUAUGGAUUUUUUUUUUUUCCUAACUGGAUGUUUAAAAAUAUGGUUGAAAUAAAUAAUUACUCAAAGUGCCCCUUAUAAUUCAGGACAUAACUCUGUCUUGAAUUCUUAAAAUUAGGAAAUAUGGCCUUUUGAGGUCACACAGCAAUUUGGUCUAGGAUUCUCACUCUAGCUGCAGGUCCAACCAUGACUGCAAUAGUUAACAAAAAAGGGUGUGUGUAUUGGCGCACCAUCUUUGACAUGUUGAACAUGUCUCAACCUCGUUUUGAUAAACAUUGUUAUAAUCCUCCUCAGGUUGUUUUGCAGGUUAUGGUGUUGAAUACAUUACCUUUUAGAUACAGUGAGAAACAAGAUGCUUGUGGCACACUCUUCUGCUGCAUCUUAUUGUGAAAUGUGACCAAAACCUGUUAGAUUCCUUCUGCUCCCCCGCUGUUUCCUCUCCCUCCUUGCACAAACUGCUGCUCAAUCCUCAGCCGUUGUUUACAGACCUGAGCCAAUCUACCUUCACGUGAAGCCAAUAGUAGCGAGUUUCUACUUUACCUGCCUUACCUCCUUGGAAGCCGAGCACUGUGGGUUACAGCACUGCGGCGCAGUGGCCUCCACCGUUUUCAGUGUCUUUCCACUACCAGCCACUAACACACGUUCUUAUCCACACUGAGCUUAUCGAAUGAGUUGGGCCUUAAAAUCGUGCUUCUCUGCCAGACUGUGAUGCUUCACUUGAAUCCGUUAUGUUGUAGAGCAAUGUGACCGCUUUCAUUUUCAUUAAUCUGUAGAAUUCAGCUGAGCCUAGGCCAUUUUCUGUGUGCUGAGAGCUGUUACAGUGUAGUUUUAAAUUCAACUGUGAAACCUGUGUAAGGGAACUUUGCAUUAAAACCACACAGUAUCACUUUGAUGUAUUUUGUAUCCUAGUUCACGUUGCUACCAUGACCAACAGAAGCGUUAGUGUGAAAAACUGGCAGAACAGAAUUGAACAAGGGAAUUUAAGCCGUUCAAUAAAGGCUUUGACAACACUUCUGCUGUUUAUUUUUCCUUAAUUGGGUGUGUCUAUGGCAAAAUAGAUGCAUUCCAUAUUUAAAGCUUUGGAAG